AUGCCUCAUCAUGAUGGCACAGUCAAUGCAAUCGAGGUCGUUAAUGAGCAAGAGUUAGUUCAACGAAGGAGCUCCCCCAUAGAUGCCCUUAAGAGGUAUCUACUCGCAAAGGGGUUCAUCCUAGAACACAACAGAGCUUUUAAGGACACUCUGCAGAGACUCAUGGGUCAAGGAUUGAUUCAGCUGAAGGAACAUCCCGAAGAGGAAUAUGUGGCUAUGCUAGAUAGAAACGAGCCGUUGAUAAUACCCAGUCAAGGGGUAAGGAAGCCAUUAAUUAUCCCCUGUUCUAAAACACCGCUGCUGAUACCCACACAAGGGCACACUAGGAUCAUCCCUAUCAGAGCUCCAUACCCAGUGGACAAAAUGAAAGCAGUACCUUGGGAGUACAAUUUUGGCGCCAAUACUGCCGUGUCAAGCAUUGUUGGGCCUGGAGGCAUGACCCGUAGCGGUCGCAUAUUCAAAACUGCACAGCCUAAUGAGAACUUGACACAAGCCAGUGACCAAGCUGCUACGAGGCCGACUGUAGAAGGCAUAUCCAAAGAUAAGGGAGCCACUAACAAGGAUGCUGAGGAAUUUUUGGCUCUGAUCAAGAAGAGUGAUUAUAGGGUGGUGGAUCAGUUACAACAGACACCGUCUAAAAUAUCACUCCUCUCACUAUUAGUACACUCCGAGAAGCAUCGAGAUGCCUUAAUGAAGAUUCUAAAUGCUUCCCAUGUAACUAAAGACAUCAUCGUAAAUCAGUUCGAUGGAAUGGUGGCUAAUCUCACUGCUGGGGCAUGUCUGGGGUUCAGUGAUCAUGAGUUACCUCCACAAGGAAAAGAGCACAACAAAUCCUUGCACAUCUCGAUACAAUAUGGAAAAGCUCGUCUAUCUAGGGUUCUGAUCGAUACAGGCUCAUCGCUAAAUGUGAUGUCAAAAGCCACCCUCGAUAAAAUAGCUUUGGAGGGACUAGUGGUUAGACCAAGCCGUCUGGUAGUUAAGGCCUUCGAUGGAUCGCAAAGUCCAGUGUUCAGAGAAGUAGACCUCCCUGUUGUAGUCGGUCCUCACACCUUCUGCAUCAAUUUCCAAGUGAUGGAGAUUGAACCAACUUACACUUGCCUAUUGGGACGUCCUUGGAUUCACGCAGCCGGGGCAGUCACCUCCACCCUCCAUGAGAAGAUAAAAUUUGUGGAUGGAAAUUCUAUAGUGACCGUCAACGGGGAAGAGGACAUAUUUGUUAGUAACCUGGAUUCAUACAAAUACAUCGAGGUUGGAGAAGGGGCAUUAGAAACUGCAUUCCAAGCGCUAUAA